AUGUCGAAUCGCCCCUCCCAAUCCCCACUACCGUCACCACCCAGCUUGCCAUCAUCAGCCUCUCAUCAACUUGGACCCUCUUUCUCGACUACUAGUCCCUCCAUGAUACACGUUGGGCGUCCCACUCAUAUUGCCUCCCCCGCUUUCAGCGCUCUAACUUCACACUAUAUACCACGGUCAUCUCGGUUUAUUGACUCUGAUAAAUAUUCGACUUCAUCUACUACACAACAAACGACUACUAGAACCAGCAUCCGACACGCCACGCCACCGGAAUCAAUGCGAGCCUCAGAUAAUGCACGAGGAGUGAAGCGGGGCAGGAGCGAGGAACUGGAGGAUGAGGGAGACGAGAGACACGGAUCUGUUAGCGGCUCUGAGACCAGCGAACACGCCGAGCAGCCCAUAAUGCCCGCUCCCAAAAAGCGAACGCGGACAUUGAUGACUCCCGACCAACUCACCGCGCUCCACCGAUUGCUCUCGCAAACGCGUUUUCCGACGACGGAGCAGAGGGAACAAUGUGGGCGAGAGAUUGGACUCAGUGCACGGAGAGUUCAGGUUUGGUUUCAGAAUCAGCGACAAAAGUCCAAGGCACAGCAACAAGCGAGUAGCGGUGCUGGAGGGUCCCGCCAGCCAUUGACCCCUCAAACUUCUGGCCCAUACCGUGUCUUCAACUAUAAUUCAGCAUACUACGACCCACCACACCCUCGACCCUAUACCUCUCCUCACCCAUACACGUAUGGAGAGUCUAGGCACCCCGCAGUUGACACAUCGCCGUUACUACGAAGGACCCAACGAUUGAGCUCCCAUCGUCGAGGGUCCUCCAGCCUAUCGUACAAUGCUCUUCACGGGGAAAGUAGCUAUGAGUAUCCGAGCGGAGCCUAUCCGCCACCACAGUAUGCCCCACCCGAGCCAGAAUAUACCCGCUCACCAGCUUCAUAUUACGACCGAAGCUUUCAUAGUCCAUCUCACGUACGCUCCCCCGUGCCUGCUAGCUCCGUCUCUAGGGAGGAUACGACUCUGCCUCCGAUUUGGCCGGACAACGAGAGGUCGCGUGAGGAAUCAAGCGGGCCUAUACUUAGUCCGACUACAUCGACCCACCCCGCCCCCGCUCGUCGCCCAUCUCUCUUACCAACUGGGUUGCCGCCACCGCAACCGUUGGAACCCACGCCUAUUUGGAAUCACCCUCACACGAACCCUCGUUACAUGCGUCCGCUUCCAAGCACCACUGGGCUCCCGUCGCUCCUUCACGGGCUGGGCGGGGAAAGGGCGAGGUCCGAUCCACCUUUGAGUGCUACAUUGGUAUCCGACAUUCGCCCACGCUCUGACCGCGGUCUAGGGCUCGAGCUGUUUGGAACCACCCCUGCUAGGAGCCUAGAAGCUGGCGAGAAUGCACCGACUAGCCCCGAACGGACGCAUUCUGCCCCAACGGCCCUCGAUUCCCAUCGUCCGCUGCUCGCCGAAUCUUCACCCAAGUCGGGUGAACAAGCCAGGUCCGAGCCCGAGCCUGCCCCUCCGCAAACAUCUCGUGGUCUUUCACAUAGCCGGCGUUCAUCCGAAGACGCGAGUCGAGACUGA